AUUGUCAGUUGUCAAUUAUCAUGAUUAAUUUAAAAUAUUUUUGUAUAAUUUGCAAUGAACUUAACUAGUGAUAGUUCAUUUCAAUGUAAUUUUUGAGGUGAUAAUCUAAGAAAAAAUAACACAGUUAUGGCUGGAUCUGCUCUGCGAAGGCUUAUGGCUGAAUACAGACAAUUGACAUUGAAUCCUCCAGAAGGAAUCAUCGCUGGCCCUAUAAAUGAAGAGAAUUUCUUUGAAUGGGAAGCACUCAUAACUGGCCCGGAAGGCACUUGUUUUGAAGGUGGUGUGUUUCCUGCUAAAUUAGUUUUUCCUCCGGACUAUCCUUUAAGUCCUCCUAAGAUGCAAUUCACUUGUGAGAUGUUCCAUCCAAAUAUUUAUUCUGAUGGAAGAGUCUGCAUUUCCAUUUUGCAUGCUCCAGGAGAUGAUCCAAUGGGAUAUGAGUCCAGUGCUGAGAGAUGGUCACCAGUACAAAGUGUAGAAAAAAUACUCCUUUCUGUUGUCAGUAUGUUAGCAGAACCAAAUGAUGAAAGUGGAGCAAAUGUAGAUGCAGCAAAAAUGUGGAGAGAAAACCGGGAAGAAUUUGAUAGAAUAGCAGAAAAAAUUGUAAGGCGAACACUUGGCAUUCCUACAUGAAUUUUUAUCUAUAAAUAAAUGUUUUGUCACUUAUAAAAUGAAAUUAAAAAUUAUGAUUAUUAGCAAAA